AUGGAGCUUGACCCCUUAGACGAAGCAAUUUAUCUAAUUGAGGUAAAUGAAACCGUGAAGGAAUAUCUCAGCAAGUGCAAACCAAGCAAGUCCAUUGGCUUCUGGUUGUCCAAGAAUAGUGUCUUAAAGUUGGAAAUUGAAACAGGUGUUGCAAUUCAAGUUCCAGAAGGCACUGCAUUCGAUGAUAUUAAGGAUGUGAAGAAAGAAGCCCUCUUGAAGUUCUUCAUGAAACGUCCUUGGAUACUACUUCCAUAUCGUGAGAGCCCAAUUCCACGAAUUACACAAAUUCUCAGAGCACUACUUCACUACUCUGGUCAGCCGUUCUACAUAACCUGUGAAGGCGACAUCCAACCAGUUCAGUAA